UUUGAUUACUUUUGGCAAAGUGCUUAUGGCGACGAAGACAUCUUUUGAUCCGGCUCCUAUUGGAAACCAGAUCUUUGCCUUUGAAAGAAUAAACAAUUUUGAUAAACAGAUUGAAGAAGACUUCAACUCUCCUGGGACUAGUACUGACCUUUGUCCUUUGUUUUUUUCAAAAAGUGGGUGCAAAAAGGGUUCUUGGUGUCAAUAUCGCCAUGCGAGAAACGAUCGACUUAUAGUUUGCAAACAUUGGUUGAGAGGACUGUGUAAGAAAGCUGAAUAUUGUGAAUAUUUACAUGAAUAUGACAUGUCUAAAAUGCCUGAGUGCUACUUUUUUUCAAAGUUUGGUGAGUGUAGUAAUACAGAGUGUUUGUACAGACACGUCGACCCCGAAUCUAGAAGAAACGAAUGUCCAUACUAUGCUCGUGGUUUUUGCCGACACGGUGCGAAGUGCAGAUAUCGUCAUAUCAAGAAAGUGGCUUGUCCGGCUUAUCUUCGAGGCUUCUGCAAAGAUGGCCCAAAUUGCAAGUUUGGUCACGCCAAGUUUGAGAUUCCCAGGUUAGACGAAGAAGAUGCAGAUCCCUAUGGUUUUGGAAGACCUAGAGGAAAGGGACCUGUUCCUUUUUUCAACUUAGACUCACAAAAGUGGUCGACUGGAUGCAAGAAGAAUACACCAAUCAGAAGAAGAGGACAACAAAAAGGCUAGACCUUCUGGUCAAAUUAUUUGUCACUUGUGCGGUACUCCAGGACAUAU